AUCUUCAUCCUAGAAACCUCCGCUCUGCCUUUUUCCGUUCUUCCUCCUUGAAACCCUCCCGGUUUAAUCGCGAUGGCGACUUCCGAUCUCCCCGAUCUCUCUCAUCUCUCGAUCGAUCCAGGUCCUCCUGAGAAUACAUCUGAAUUUCCAACAGUUCCUAUACAUAUUGUCACCAGUGCAUCUCAGCUGCCACCUGAAUUUCUUGAUCCUCCAGCUGAUAAGCAGAUUGUUAUUGGUCUUGAUUGUGAGGGCAUUGACCUAUGUCGAGAAGGAGCCCUAUGUGUAAUGCAGCUUGCACUUGCCAAUGCAAUUUACCUUGUUGAUGCAAUCGACGGUCAUGAGGCACUCAUCCAGGCUUGUAAGCCUGCACUUGAGUCAACUAACAUUCUGAAAGUCAUUCAUGACUGCAAACGGGAUAGUGAGGCUCUAUAUUUUCAAUAUGGCAUUAAACUAAACAGUGUUUUUGAUACUCAGAUUGCAUAUUCUUUGAUAGAGGAGCAUGAAGGAAGGAAGCAAUCACCUAAUGACUACAUAUCCUUUGUUGCGCUUCUUGCAGAUCCUCGCUAUUGUGGAGUUUCCUAUCUCGAAAAGGAAGAAGUGCGAGAUCGAUUGAGACAGGAUCCUGAAUUUUGGACAUACCGACCAAUGUCUGAAAUAAUGAUUCGAGCAGCUGCUGAUGAUGUCCGUUUUCUCCUUCAUAUCUACCAAAAAAUGAUGUUGAAACUGAACAAUAAAUCCUUGUGGCACCUUGCACUUCGUGGCUCACUCUAUUGCAGGUGUUUUUGCACCAAUGAUAAUGAGUAUGCAGAUUGGCCAUCUCUUCCUGUUCUUUCAGAGGACCUAAUUGCUGAAGGUUAUUCUCCUGAACAAGAAAUAUUAUCGAUCUUAAAUGUUCCUCCUGGGAAGAUGGGGCGAGUGAUUGGUAAAAGGGGAGCUUCUAUCCAGUCUGUGAAAGAAUGUUGCGGUGCGGAGAUCAUUAUUGGUGGUGCAAAGGGCCCCCCUGACAAGGUGUUCAUCAUUGGGCCUGUGAAGCAGGUCCGGAAAGCUGAAGCACUGCUUCGAGGACAAAUGCUCGAUUUUUAAGCAACCUCCUGCUUUGGUAACUUCUACCGCUGUGUGGAUCCUAAAUAGUUUUUUUUGAAAAAAAAAAAUAACGUUGUAUGGUAUCGUUGAUCUGUUGUCAAGCAGUAAUUUUGGCUAACAACUAAAGUUCAUGCAAGUUGUGUUUUCGUUUACUUCA